GAUCGCUCGAUCGCUUCAUGGAAUCGAGCUCCGCGCGGCCGGCGGCCAUGGCGAAGGUCUUCGCCAAGCCCCUCCUCCUGUACGCCAACAAGGUCGUCAGGAGCCUCAUCAGACCAUUCGUCCAUGAGCCGCUGGCCGGCCAGAGGAAAGCAGCUGACAGCAGCAGCAUCAGGUGGUUAUCGACGUCGGACGAGCUGCCGCCGGCGCCGGACACGACGGCGGACGGCGACGGCGGCGCCACGACCGUGUGCGUGUGCAAGGUGGAGGGCGGCCUGCUGAUGUCGCCGUCCACGUUCCAGUACUUCAUGCUCGCCGCCCUGGAGGCCGGGCCCGGGGGCCUCCUCCGCGGCCUCCUGCUCCUGCUCCUGUACCCGGCGCUGCGCCUGCUCGGCCACGACCGGGCGAUCAGGGUCAUGGCCGCUGUGAGCUUCGCCGGGGUGAGGAAGGACGGGCUCCGGCUCGGCGGCGCGGUGAUGCCCAAGCUGCUCCUGGAGGACGUGAGCGCCGAGGUGUUCGAGGCGGCGGCGGCGGGACCAGGACGGCGGCGGCGCCGGUGCGUGUGCGUGAGCGCCAUGCCGAGGGAGAUGGUGGAGCCGUUCCUGAAGGAUUACCUCGGCGUCGACGCCGUCGUCGCGCCGGAGCUGAGGUCGUUCGGCGGGUACUUCCUCGGCCUCAUGGAGUCCGACGCCGAGGUGCUGCGGAGGCUGAACAUGGAGGAGGUGAUCGGGGGCGGCGGCGGCGACGGUGGUGGUGGUGGCCUCGUCGUCGUCGGCAUCGGCGGACUUGGGAGAUCGUUCAAUCAGCUCUUCCAAAAGUAUUGCAAGGAGGUGUACGUGGCGACCAAGGGUGCAAGGCGGCGAUGGCGGCCGCUCCAUCCCCGGGGCUACGCCAAGCCCCUCGUCUUCCACGACGCCCGCACCGCCUUCCGGCCGACGGCGUCCGCGACGCUCGCCAUGUUCAUGUGGCUGCCGCUGGGCGCGCCCCUCGCCGCGCUCCGCACCGCCGUCUUCCUCCUCCUCCCCUUCUCCCUCUCCGUCCCGCUCCUCUCCGCCCUCGGCAUGCACAGCCGCCGCAUCAUCGGGAAGUACCCCCCCUCGUCGGCUCACAACCUGUUCGUCAGCAACCACCGCUCCCUGGUCGACCCGCUCUACGUCUCCGCCGCCACCGGCCGCGCCGACCUCGCCGCCGCCACCUACAGCAUCAGCCGCCUCUCCGAGAUCCUGGCUCCCAUGCGCACGUUCCGGCUCACCCGCGACCGCGCCACCGACCGCACCGCCAUGCAGGCCCACCUGUCGUCCCGCUCCGGCGGCGGGGGGCUGGUGGUGUGCCCCGAGGGCACGACCUGCCGGGAGCCGUUCCUGCUUCGGUUCAGCCCGCUGUUCACGGAGCUCGGCGCCGACGUGCAGCCCGUGGCGAUGCACUCGGCGGUGUCCAUGUUCCACGGCACGACGGCGGGUGGCCGGAAGGUCCUCGACCCGCUCUACCUGCUCAUGAACCCCACGCCGGCGUACGUCGUGCAGCUCCUGGACCCCGUCGCCGUGGAAAGCGGCGGCGGCCCAGAGUUGGCGAACGAGGUGCAGCGGCGGAUCGCGGAGGCGCUGGGCUACACUUGCACGGCGCUGACGAGGAGGGACAAGUACCUCGCCCUCACCGGCGACGACGGUGUUGAUCGGUGCCGCCGUCGCCACCAACAGUAGGAAUUAAUUAUUAAUUUGGAGCACGUACUAAAUCAACAACAAAAUUGAUAAUGGACGCUAAAUUCUUGUAUGGUGUGGGUAAGUACGUGCAUUUAAAUGGGGAUGGACAUGGAUGAUCUGCAAAUAAUCCGUGGCCGAUUCUAAUUUAAAUAAAUAUAUUAAAUUAUAUCAAACAUCUCAUCUCGGAUCAACCUGUGACCAUCCUUAUAUUUAACCUUAACUACGGUGGGCAAAACACACACCUGGUUAUACUAGUGACCAACUUGUAUUUAAAUAUGUUGCUUAUAGCCACACAAAAGAUGUGUUCAUACAUACGUACAUACGUAUAACAUCCGAUGAA